AUGGCCUGCGAGGACCACCCCUAUAUCCGCACCUCCCACCGCACCCACGAGGAACACCCAUAUUCAGACCCCUCCCCCAUACCUGUCUCCCCACCAGCCCACAGAGAACACCCCUAUAGCCGCCACUCCAACCUCUCUCAUGGGGACAACCCCAUAUUUGCCCCCCCACCUGCCCGCGGGGACCACCCCCCAUAUCCCCCCUCCUCCCACCUGCCCGCGGGGACCACCCCCAUAUCCGCCCUCCUCCCACCUGCCCGCGGGGACCACCCCCCAUAUCCCCCCUCCUCCCACCUGCCCGCGGGGACCACCCCCCAUAUCCGCCCUCCUCCCACCUGCCCGCGGGGACCACCCCCAUAUCCGCCCUCCUCCCACCUGCCCGCGAGGACCAGCCCCCCAUAUCCCCCCUCCUCCCACCUGCCCGCGGGGACCACCCCCCAUAUCCGCCCUCCUCCCACCUGCCCGCGGGGACCACCCCCAUAUCCGCCCUCCUCCCACCUGCCCGCGGGGACCACCCCCAUAUCCGCCCUCCUCCCACCUGCCCGCGGGGACCACCCCCCACAUCCCCCCCUCCCACCUGCCCGCGGGGACCACCCCCCCAUAUCCCCCCUCCUCCCACCUGCCCGCGGGGACCACCCCCCCACAUCCCCCCUCCUCCCACCUGCCCGCGGGGACCACCCCCAUAUCCGCCCUCCUCCCACCUGCCCGCGGGGACCACCCCCCCAUAUCCGCCCUCCUCCCACGUGCCCGCGGGGACCACCCCCCAUAUCCCCCCUCCUCCCACCUGCCCGCGGGGACCACCCCCAUAUCCGCCCUCCUCCCACCUGCCCGCGGGGACCACCCCCCACAUCCCCCCUCCUCCCACCUGCCCGCGGGGACCACCCCCCAUAUCCCCCCUCCUCCCACCUGCCCGCGGGGACCACCCCCAUAUCCGCCCUCCUCCCACCUGCCCGCGGGGACCACCCCCCCACAUCCCCCCUCCUCCCACCUGCCCGCGGGGACCACCCCCCCACAUCCCCCCUCCUCCCACCUGCCCGCGGGGACCACCCCCAUAUCCGCCCUCCUCCCACCUGCCCGCGGGGACCACCCCCCACAUCCCCCCUCCUCCCACCUGCCCGCGGGGACCACCCCCCAUAUCCCCCCUCCUCCCACCUGCCCGCGGGGACCACCCCCAUAUCCGCCCUCCUCCCACCUGCCCGCGGGGACCACCCCCCCAUAUCCGCCCUCCUCCCACGUGCCCACGGGGACCACCCCCCAUAUCCCCCCUCCUCCCACCUGCCCGCGGGGACCACCCCCAUAUCCGCCCUCCUCCCACCUGCCCGCGGGGACCACCCCCAUAUCCGCCCUCCUCCCACCUGCCCGCGGGGACCACCCCCAUAUCCGCCCUCCUCCCACCUGCCCGCGGGGACCACCCCCCCAUAUCCGCCCUCCUCCCACGUGCCCGCGGGGACCACCCCCCAUAUCCCCCCUCCUCCCACCUGCCCGCGGGGACCACCCCCAUAUCCGCCCUCCUCCCACCUGCCCGCGGGGACCACCCCCAUAUCCGCCCUCCUCCCACCUGCCCGCGGGGACCACCCCCAUAUCCGCCCCUCAGCCGCGCCCGCAGGGCCCCCGCCCACAUCCGGACCGACAGAGACGCCCAUCCCCACCCCUGUCCUUCCCCCAGCCCAUAACCCCGCCCACUGCAUGCCCGGAACUUGUUGA